AUGAGAGAUCCUAGAGAUUAGAGUGGUCGGAACAUACUCAUCAAAAUCUGCAACUCGUUUGCUACAAAGACACAGUGUCCUGGAACUAGUCAAGCAGACCAAGACCGAUUAGUACAACCCAUCGUGUCGAUACACCCGAGAACAAAGAACGAGUAGACACCGAAAUCGCACCCACUAUACAACGAGUAGGAAUGCCGUCGACCACCUUCCUCGUCCUCCUCUCCGUCCUCGCCAUCCUCGCACACGCUCAACCAGCGGUAGCGUUCGGAGCGGGGAACAUCCCUUCGUACGCUUAUCUCGAGGGAAAAGCCUUUCGACAUGGAGAUAUCGAAGACGUCCUAGAGAAGCUGGCCAAGACGGCGGGUGGAGGGUUUAUGGCCGCACUCGGGGGUACCAAGAAGUUUGGGGGGCUCGACAUCAAGCGAGUCUACUUUGGAAACUGGCUUCGAGACUACUCUCAAGCGGUUGACAAGGCCGGGUUGCAAAAGUUGCCCUUGCAGACGAUCAUCAACGUGGUCAUGGUCCUCGGCUUCUUGGCUCAUGGUUACGCUACUGCCGAGUUCGAAGUCACCAAGGAACGUCUCGGCGUCUACCUCCCCACGGAACACAUUGACAACCCGAAAGAUUACGCCGACAACGAGGACGCGCGGAAAUACGACCCGAGACUGAGAGGACCGGUCGAUCCGAGAGAAUUGGAGGUGGACCCGAGGACGGGAAUGAAGAACUAUAUCGCCAAUGAGAAUGGCAGCUGGGACACGUCCAAAUCGCUCGUCCGCCGCGUCUUGACCGCUUGUAUCCAGGCGGGUCGAGAGGCCAGGUCUACGGGUAAUAACGAUGCCUUGUACGAGGCUUAUCGGUUGAUGGGCAGUGCGCUGCACACGCUUGAAGACUUUACCGCCCACUCGAACUGGUGCGAGCUUGCUCUUCAGUCCAUGGGACAUCGAGAAGUCUUUGCGCAUGUCGGGCGUAACGUCACCGUGCACGCGCCGAACGGUCAGAACGUGCCCAUCCUCGUUACCGGGACCUUUGGAGGCAACGAUUUCAUCCACUCGCUCUUGGGCGAGGCUGGCGAUCAUUUGAGUUCCGCUUCGGUGUCCGAGCUGAACACCAAGGUCGCAUCGGCCCGAUCCGCCAGCGGCAACGACGACGUCCUCCGUCAGCUCUUCACCAGCCUUCCUGGGAGCGCCGGAGGUCAGCUCAGUAGGGAGAUGAGCGAUGUGCAGAACAUCAGAUCUGGUCCGGGCGCUAUGGAUCCAGAGAUGAUGACCCCUCAGCAGUUGCACGAUACGCUCUGGAAGGUUCUGUCUUUCAGGGAUAGCGUCUCCAAGACGAUCGAGAACACUUUGGAGAAGAUUCCCGGGCUCGGCUCGCUAGUUGAGAAGAUUAGCAGCAGCAUUAGCGUGUUCGUCUUUACCACUCUCGAACCUUACAUGAAGCCCAUCAUCAAAAGCGCGACCACGGGACUUGCUCAGGGUAGUGCCGAGGUCAUCUCGUCGCACGACCAGCUCGAGGUCUUCCACGACCCCAACGCUUCUGAUCCCACCCACAGUUUCUUGAGUAAAGAUCAUUUCAAUCUGAUUUUGAACGAACCCGCUGGCCAGAUCGCGCAAGUCAUUGUCGAGUAUGCGGUCGAGAGGAUCGUCAAGGCUUGGGAUGAUACCUCGAUGGAUCCUCGGCAGAGCACCGAAGAUAUCCUGCAGUGUUUGUUCCACCCGUACUUCCACAACAGUCAAUCCGAGAUUCAGCGCCUCAUGCUGGAGAGGAUGCGUCAAUGGUUCCAAGCACAAGGUCGCAACCAGGGCGAGAUCAUCAAGCGAUUGUCGAUGGAUUCGGUCCAGAAUCACAAGAACACGCGAAUCGGUAGCACCGACACUGCUCACAAUCACUCGCACGGCAUGCUUCCCGAGGGGGGUUUGCAAGGAUUUGUUGCUCAGCAGAACAUGCAUGUUCCCGGAGCUUCGGUCUUGAACGCAGGUCAAGACAUCAUGGGAGGCAAGAUGCCUUGGCAGCAAGGAUUCGGGACUGGCACGGCUGGUGGAGCUACGGCAUGGAGGGGUAUGGAUAACGAGGGCGUCGCUCCUCCCAUCCAGACUAGCGGGUAUCACGGGCAGCAGCAGUCUUACAGCGCGCCCUCGUACGAAGACGGCAAUGGCGGGAGCGGUGGAUACAACGCUCCUCCUGUUCAGCAUUCCAGCUACCAGGCGCCUCAGCCCUCUUACGGCGCGCCUUCGUAUGACAACAGCGAUAGCGGGGAUUACCGCAGACACUCGCAAGGGUUUGCCGGCGGUGCGCCUUCUUAUGGUCAGCCUGCUCCGCAGCAACACGCCGGGUAUGGCGGUCAGUCGGGUGGUCACGGUUACGGUGGAGGAGAUGCUUAUAACAGCGGCGGCCAAGGAGGUUACGGUGGGGAUGACUACAACAGCCGACCUGCUCAACAAUCGUACAACGCGCCUUCCUAUGGGGGCGGUGGCGAUGAUGACAGUGGGUACCCCGGUGCUCGUCGUCAUCAUCAGCCUGGCGGUCACCACGGCGGAACCGACUCGUACGGCGCUCCUGCUUAUGGCGGAGGAAGCCAACCGGGAGGGUACGGGGGUGGGCCUCCUGGAGGAUACGGUGGCGGCUAUGACCAAGGUCCUCCUCCUCCUCCUGGCCCUCCUCCUCAUCAAGGUGGAUACGACCCUAAUCAACAGGGCUAUGGCGGUGCACCUCAAUAUGGGGGUGGCGCCCCGACCUAUGGAGGUGGUUACGGUGGUGGAUACUAAGUCCGCUGUCGCCCGGAGUCUUUGCUUGAUCUAGAAUGCAGUAGGGGUUUUCUACAUAUCCGUAAUGAACUUGUGUUUAAGGAUGUAGUCAGAUGUCACGAAUGCGAAUAUCUCCCCUGGCGGACGGG